AUGGCGUGUGUGAUGUGUUGGCUGCCAGCGGCGGCCCUGCUGCUGCUCAGUGGGACUGGAGGUGACAUGGAGCAUCUCCAAGCUGAGAACCUGAAGCUCCUUCUCCCAGAUGAGCACAACUUGGUCCUGAACCGUGGGGUGAGAGUGCUGCCCAGAGACUGCCAUGAAAUGCUGAUGACGUCUUCGGGCCAGGCCAGAGACGGAGUGUACCUGAUCAAACCAGCUGACUCCCCCAUCGUGGCCUACUGUGCUAUGCAGGAGGGAGGCUGGACCGUGGUCCAGCAUAUCACCGUCAAUAGCAGCGUGAAUUUUGAUCGUACCUGGGCUGAAUACAAGGAUGGCUUUGGGGCUGUAACCGGUGAUCACUGGCUCGGGAACGAAUACCUUCAUCAGCUCACCCUCGGCCCCGGGCGCUUUAAACUGGGAGUAAAGCUGGUGGACCGAGACGCCAUCACGAAGACGGGGGAGUAUGAUCCGUUCUUGGUGGAGGAUGAAUCGUCAGCAUACAGGCUGAGGCUGGGGUUGUUCCAGGGCACAGCUGUAGACGCUCUGACCCUGGACACAGAGAACUACCUGCAUGACAACCAGAGAUUCACCACUAAAGACAGAGACAAUGACAACUACUUCCAAAAUUGUGCUAAACUGGAGUUUAAGGGGGUGCCGGGAGGAGGUUGGUGGUACGACGCCUGUGCUGGUGCCAACCUCAAUCGCAGGAAUGUCAUCUACUGGCAGAAGGACUGCAACAAGGAGCGACUGUGCAAGUACGCAUGGAUGAUGGUGAAACCCACGGACACAGUGAAAGUGAUUCAAAGUAAAGACUGCAAGAAGGAUGAGCUAUAA